CAAAUUUAUAAACAAUAUGUGUCGUAAUAUAAACGUAAUAUGAAAAUCUGAACGUAAUUAAUUUCAUUAAUUCAAUAGGCAGUAUAUUUACUUGAUAAAUGCAAUUUAAAAAAUUAUAAAGUUUUCAUCGAUCGAUUGUCUCACGCCGUGAUAAUCAUGAAAAUUUGGAUGGAAAGCGGGAAGAAAUCCUUCCACGCGGAGGAUUCGAGACUGCUGUCUCGUGUCCGAAUUGUUUUCGAAAAACAAACGGAGUUACUCGCGUAUUCCGUUAAAAUAUACAAACACGGCGCACGGUCAAGCGAGGAUGGCUCAAAGAUAGUCGAAGGACUCCUCCUGCCCUUUUCCUAAACGAUUCUCUUUCUGAUUGUUCUACCAAUUACCAAAUCCCCCGUACAUACGAUACUAAGAGGCGGAUGCCGACGUGCUCGCGAGCGAGAAAGAGGACAAACAUCGAGCGGUAAAACGAGAUGACGAAAAGGGUGAUAGAAGGUAAUGGAGUGAAGGGUAGCGUUGGGGGGAGAGAGCGGAGAAAGAGAGAGACACCCUGGGCGAGCGAAGGAGUGGGAAAGAGACGCCACACACAUACAGUGGGAAGAGACGGCGAACAGCAUGGGAGGAGAGGCGAACACAAUAGAAGCAAUACGGGUAGACGAAGAUGAAAGAGGCUCUCCGUCAGCGUAGAGUCCGCUUAGAGGAGAGGCAGGUAGAUCCGCACGGGCUUAUAAAAGGCCGCGUAUCCGACGCAGAUGGAACUAUCGAUAUCGUGGCAGCGGCGUCGAAAUCGUUAAGCCACGUUUUCAGUGCUUGCACGUUCGUUUCGUAGUAGGAAGUCUUUCUCUCUUUCUCCCUCUCUCUCCCUCUCUCUCUCUCUCUCUCUCUCUCUCUCUCUCUUUCACGACGUUUUGUCCCAAGCCGUGCUCGCGCACGGGCAGGUGCUCCCAACGUGUUCUAAAUAAACCCGAGAUAAAGCCGCGGUAAACGUAAGAGAGGACGAAUUGCAUAAGCCCGUUGUGUUGUCGGCGGUAAAUCGUUUUUCUCUCGCGCCAAUCCCGCGUUACUUUAACGAUCUUGACAGGGAGCGAUCAUAGUCAGAAAACGCUUCUCGGAGUGCUCGCUUCCCCCUCCCUCCUCUCUCCCGCGUCCUCCUAUCUCCCGAACGCUUACUACGUCCGUUAUGGAACUCGAUCGGGGCGAACUACUUUCGGGAAAUGUAAUUUCGUGCUCGGGCUUAUCUAAAUAUCGUGGGACCCCGCGUUUACGUGAAACCGAUUAAAUUGUUUCCUAAAAGUAUCUCCCUUUCUCUCUCUCUCUCUCUCUCUCGUUCUCGAUGUGCUAUCCUCCUCAAUUCCUCUCUGCCGAGCGACCGAUAAUCGCGUGUUCUGGAGUCGUCACUUAAGGGGGAAGAAUUUUAAUUAUAUCGGGAAAUUCUCUAUCAUUAAUGCUGAUGAGAGGAACAACGUUAACCUCCUGUAAUUGCAGGUAAAUUGAUACUGUACUGUGCACCAGGGGCUCUCGUGGAUUUCUUUGUGCCAGUGGCUCCCUUUGGCAGACCGGCGAAACGUAUGCACCCUUCUCUCAGAAUGCUUAGCGUUCUUUGCGAGAUGCAUAAAAUGAAUCACGCGCGCGGGAAGGAAAGCCCGGCUAGAUUACAAACAAAUUUCUGGCAAAAUAUCAACGCACCAGAAAUUCCGGUUGUGAGGUCACCAGAAUUCUGCUCAACUUCGCUCAAGAUCUCUGGUCAACUUGAACGAAAUAUUCCGGCAACUUGAAGCGAGAUUUUCUGGCUGGUUUGUGUUUCGCCAGAAAUUUGGUUAAUUCAACCGAGCGUUUUUUUUUUCCGUGCGGGACUACACAAAGAAAUGCACGACUGCGGAAACAGGCAUCGGCGUGCGAGGCAGACAAAUUUGCUGAAUCCGUGUCUUUUCGACGCUAGAUUUCAAUUAGGCAAAAUAAAUGCGCAAUUAUUUCCUCACUCGAGUUCGCGCACAGCCCCUAUGAUUUAUUCACCGAGGGUUAAGAGGACUCCUCCCCUGUCGUGGUGCACGUUGGUUCUCCGGUGUUUUUCACGUCUCCGUCCGAAAAUAUUUGCUUCAGCCGGCGCGCAAGAUCGGUAUAAGCGCCGAUUUAGAUAAUACGCUCGCCCGAUACAGCAGUCCGCCGCGAAGUUUCGAGCCGGUAAACGAGAGAUAUACCCUCUUAUUUUCGACUACAUCGCGCGAUAUACAUCGAGCUCGUCGUGUUGCGGGGAGGAAGAGAAGGGAGAGUGGUAACUCCAGAUAUAUCCUUGUUAGAGGCGACACGUCCCACUUUCGAGCCGCCACCGUCGACUCGUAUAUCGGGGCUUUAUGGUGUAGAAUCCUAAUAUAUUGAAUUUCCGUCUUGUGCGAUUGAUAAAUCAGAUAUAUCGGCGCUGCACACACGAAACUGCACGUAAGGAGCAGGGAGGGGCAAGAAGGGCUGAACAUCAUUCCUUUGUGCAUGACUGCGACACCGUCCGCGAAGAUAUUGGCUCCAGGAUUUUAGACAGUGUUCAAUCGCGCGAGAUCCGCGUCUCCUUGCAUUCACACGUACGCAAUCGUACCGCGCUAUUACGUCUUUAUCGGUACAUCACACGUCCACGUAGAGUUGAAUCGCGAAUGUUUUUUUAUCGAAUACUGAACGACUCAUCGUACAUUCACCAUAGACUCCGUCGUCGCUUUUCCACGUACCUGAAAAUCUUUUGUGUAUUGAAUUUUCCCAAACGGCGAAAUGUGUAUCUUAUCUCGAGCUUUAGGUGUGUAUGCGCGUGUAUGUAUCACGGUAAAUAUAGCAGCGACCGCUGAUACCGGAUGUCCGAAAGCGAGAGAGAGAGAGGGAAUACAUUUCCAAAUACUUUCUUGUUUGGAAAGAUCACAACCGCUUUUCGAUACCUCCAUCGUCCCCUCAUCUAGCCCUCAUCAGUGCUAUAGUAUCGACCUUUUAAAUUACUUCUGACUCAUACCUGUUUCUGCGAAUGUCGAUUGAAUCUUAACCCAAGUUUAACCUUCUUAUCUGUUUGGAUUUUUUUUUCGAUCUGAGUAUCCUUCAGAAAGUCUUGUGAUAUUAAGUCCUAUGCAUUCAAAUAUUACUAACGAGAUAAGACAAGUAAAAAAGUCACAAACUUUGUGACUUUUAUCUUUAACAUUUUCACGUAUUUUAUAAUGCAUAAUAUACAAAAGAACACUGUGAGAAAGUGGCGCUGUCCAAAGUGUCCUUUACUUCGAUCGACCGAUAGAAUCAUACAUCGAAUUCCUCAAUAUCUCUCUUAUUAUACCUCAGUUAUGAGCAUCUCACAGUCGGGGGGCAACCGAGUGACUACGUCACUGCUUUGCACCGAGCUCUCUCUCACCGAUUUAAAUAAAAUACCCACUCGGGCGGGGAUCGCGUUUUACCGAUAACGCGAUAGCCGAAACGCGCGCUGCCUGUUACGACGUGUGUGUGUCAGUGUGUAUUCGUGUGUAUAUCUCUGUCGGCGAAGCAGGGUUUAUCGAUACGCGUCCUCAAAUCGAUCGCGCGCGCAGCGGGUAUCUCCGACUCCGAAUAUCCGCUCCUUGUCGGAGCCCGUCGCCCUGUCCCCAGCGCGCUACGCCACUGGCGGCUCGUAUUGGCUGACGGCGGUGGAGGGGAGCGGCGAUGCCUCAGUAAACGCCGAGCGCUCGAGCCGUCGAUGCCACGGCGAAGCGGUUACGAGAGAGAGAAAGAAAGAGAUCCGCCGCGAGAGAACCGGCAUUGCUCGCGAAACGUCCGCGGCUUUCGUCGAGCGACGCUCCCGGGUUUGUUGACGCGAUAUUCGCGAUCACGGCAGUAACCGAGAGCUCGAAUCGUUGGCGACGGUGCGCGAUUGUGUGUGGUAGCAGCAGUAACGGCGGCGGCGGCAGCGAGACCGGAGCGCUUCCACACCGGGAGGGAGUCCUGCUCUCGCACGUAUGUGUACGUACGCGUGUCCGUGCGUCGUCGACGUCCGUGUGUGCCUUGUGCGACGGUUUGCCAGCGUUGUUCCCGUGGGAUUUAUCACGACAGCCGCAACUGUUGAUCGGAGAUGCAGAACUGAUCGGAGGCACGUCGAUCGGCCGAGGCGCGGUUCUGGGUCGGAAGAUCAGAAGAGAGGACCGCACGCGCUAGGCUGACGUCGAUCGAGAGAGGACCCCUCGGGACAUGGAUUAACUCGCGGAUUGACACGCGGGACAAGCGGAGAAGAAGAGAGAAAGAGAGAGAGAGAGAGAGAGAAAGAGGGAGAGAAGGGGAAAGGGAGAAAGAGAGAAAGAGAGAGGGGAAGAGAACGUAGUCUCGAAAUACAACGUGCACGGAUGGUCGCGGGAUCUUCUACGUCGGAGUAAUCAAGGUGGGUCAAGCAAAAGUGUGCUCGGGUGGUGUGUCGUGAUCGUCAUAGGCAGUGGCUCUGUGAUCGUGGUGUCGUGUUAUCCGCGGAUCAGUGUUAUUAUCGGAAGUGAAGAGUGGUGAUUGAGAGAGGGAGAGAGAGAGAGAGAGAGAGAGAGAGGGGGAGAGAAAGAGAGCGCGAGAAAGAGGUUGCAUACGGGGGUUGUUGCUCGUUCCAAGUCGAUCGGUGAAUCCGCGAGUUGAGAAUUAAUGCGACAGGAUCGCGAGUGGUAACGGCCGAAGGUGUUGGGAUAUAUCAGGUUUUUCUGCACGAGAGGAAGAAGCCGGUGGCGAGUGUACGCGCGCGCGAUAACAGUGAGGGCAGAGCGCGACUGAAAGGAAGAAAAAAAGAAAGAAAGGGAGAGAGAGAGAGAGAGAGAGAGAGAGAUACGUCCGGAUAAAUCGCGAAUAUCGUCGAGCCGAGAGUAGUCGCGAGAGAGUGGAGUGAUGUGUUCGAUGGACGAGGCGCGUCUCGCGGGCGGUGGUCGUCGUCGGGGUAACGAUAACGCGUGUCGCGCGCGCUGCCACUACUUGGGAUCCGUGAGAAAAGGCGGGCAGUCGGUGAUCAGGCUGGCGGGCGCCGGGGAAACGUUUCCAAGGGCAUGGCGACCACGCCACUAGGCGGUCGCCUCCCUAACGUAAACCGCAAAGGACCAUCUCCGUGUGUCGGUGGUGGUGGUGCUAGUAGUAGUAAUAAUAGUAGUAGUGGUGGUGGUAACGGCAACAGCAACAACUACUACAACAACAACAACAACAACAACGCCAGUAACGGCAGCAACAACAACAACAACAACAACGGUUUAGCGGGCAGUAACGCCGGCGGACAGUCCCGGCGGCAGGAGAGAGCGCUGGUCGGCCGUGAGCACCGCGACCAUCGCCACCAUCAUCAUCACCAUCAUCACCAUCAUCACCAUCAUCAUCACCAUCAUCAGGGUCGGGACAGGUCGUUGUCGUCGUCGUCGUCGUCGUCAUCAGCGUCCGGCCAGCAGCGUGAGCCUAAAGCAAGCACGGUGGCUGCUAACGCCGGUGAGCUGGAUCCGGCCGCGACGAAUGCGACCAACAACUUCGAGUACGACGACAACGAAUGGGACAUCGGUAUAGGAGACCUGAUAAUCGACCUUGAUGCGGACAUUGAGAAGACGAGGGACGAGAAAUUGAGCUCGGGGACAGGCAUGGCUUCUACGCCUGCCUCGGCAGCAUCGGCAACGAAUAACGCGAAUCAUCAUCAGUUGCAGAACUCGGCGGGCAGCGGCAGCGGAAGCGGCAGCGGCAGCGGUAGCGGCAGCGGCAGCAGCGUCACGGGCACCACCGGCAUCGGACAAUCGUCGUCGUCGUCGUCGUCCGGCACAUCCUCUUCGUCCCUCUCGUCGUCAUCCACAUCGUCCUCGUCGUCAACGUCGUCGUCCUCCUCCUGCGGCGUCAACUCGUCGUCGUCGGCACGCUCCAACAGCCCCGGGAGCAGCGGCGGCACAGGCGCCAACAGCGCCGGCAGCAACGGCGCCGGCGGUAACGCGAACGGCACGUCAAUCGUGGCCGGUAACAAGCAGCCCACGGGCGUCGUGAGCGGCGUAAACGCCGUCCACGGUAACGCCGGCAAUCCCGGCAAGAUGGCCGUUGAACACUCGGCCACCGUCGACAAGGGCCUCAAGAUGAAGAUCAAGCGCACCAAGCCCGGCACCAAGACCAGCGAGGCCAAGCACGAGAUCGUCAAGUCCAACGAGAUCAACGGCACCGCCUCGUCGCAGGACGCGAGCAACGCGUCCGCGGCAUCCUCCGCGUCCGCCACGUCCGCCGCCGGCGGCUCCGGCGCCGUUUCCGGCACGGUCGCACAGAACUCACAGAACUCAGAAUGCGGCGCGACCGGCGGCGGCGGUGGCGGCGGCGGUGGCGGCGGCGGCGGCGGCGGCGGUGGUGGCGGCGGUCAGUCCUCCUCCUCCAACAAGUCCUCCAAGCCGAGCCACAACGCUCCCACGUCCGCGGGGGGCAACGGCGCUACACCCUCCUCCACGGCGGGUUCCAAACGCGGCUCCAGCGGCCAUCGACGCGACAAGGCGCGCGACAAGCACGACAAGCCGCAGAGCAAUCACACGCCCCAGCAGACCAAGCCGGAGAUGAACGGUACCGCGCGGCCCACUCCGCAGAGUCAGAACUCGGCAGGUGGCGCGACGCAAUCGCAGGGCCCGACGCCGGCCGCCACGGCGCCACAACAGACUCAGGGACCACCGCCCAGCUCGAGGACAGGUUUUUCCGUGUCACAGGGCCCGGGACCACCCGCGACAAGCGCGGCGGCACCUUGUCCGCCGCCCAGUCCGGCGAGCGCGACCGCCGCCGGUGCACCCGCCAAGCCGGAGCAGACCAAGGUCGCCGCGGUACCGGGUCCACCUCUGACCACGCAAGCCGAGGAGGCCAUGGACACUGCCGCCAGCCCUCCACCCGCCAAGAAGAUGAAGACUUCCAAUUCCGAACCAAAGGACAUGUCCGACGUAUGCGUUGGGACCAGCGUGGGGACCAUUACAGAGCCGGAGUGUUUGGGGCCAUGCGAGCCCGGCACCUCCGUCACCCUCGAGGGUAUCGUUUGGCAUGAGACUGAAGGAGCAGGCGUAUUAGUGGUGAAUGUCACGUGGCGCGGUAAGACGUACGUUGGAACACUUCUGGACUGCACCCGACACGACUGGGCGCCGCCUAGGUUCUGCGACUCGCCGACGAGCGACCUGGACGCUCGCACGCCGAAAGGUCGCGGCAAACGGGGUCGCGCCGCCGCCAACUCUACGCCCGGCAAUGACCUGAGCAACUUCACGGAAACUAGGAGUUCGGUGCACAGUAAAUUGCGCAACGGUGGCAAGGGUCGUAGAGGUGCACAAGGUUCGCCAGCGGCAAGUCCGAGUCCGGCGGCGUUUGUGCCGCCGCGUCCGGACCCAGCGGCGAAACGCAAGUCUCGUGGCCCCGAAGAAGAAGAGAAGAACAAGCGGCGAGCACCGCCGCCUACUCCGCCGAGCGGCUCGCCGCCGGCGAGCCCGGUGUUGCUCGAAUGUCCGGAGCCGAACUGCAGUAAGAAAUACAAACACAUCAACGGGCUGAAAUAUCACCAAAGCCACGCGCACGGUUCCGCGGACGACGACGACACGAAGGAGGGCAUUACCAGUAUGUCCGAGAACGAUGAGAGCAAUAUCGAAGCGCCAAGUCCGGCCACACCGGUGAAAUCACCGGCGGACAAGCCGGAGGGCACUCCGGUGCGAGCAGCGAGUCCACCGGCGACGGGUUUGCCGCCUGAAACUCCACCACCACCUCCCAGAGUACCGUCACCGAGUAUAGAACCUCCUACGCCCGUUGUGCUCGCGGACAAGAGCAUCGUGAAGCCGGGUGUGCUAAGGUUCGGCCAAGACGACUUGCCAGCGCCCAACCCUGUGGCGCCGCCUUCGUCGAGGCAAGCUUCGGUGCAACAGCAGUCGUUGCAGCAGCAGCAGCAGCAGCAGCAACAACAGCAGCAACAGCAACAACAGCAGCAGCAACAGAGCCAGUCGUCGUUAAGCUCGUCAAACCCGCCACAGAGUCCGAGUCCGCACACCAGUCAGUCCCCGAGGCCUAUACCUUCGCCACACCCGAGCACAAAUAUCCCUCAACCCAUCAAUAUACCGCAACCGCCGCAGCCUUCGCAAGUGCAGCAGCAUCAGCCGCAAAAUCCGCUGCUGCAGCAAGCGCAACAGUCGCUGCAGGUGAGCCAAGCGCCGCAGCAACUGCAACCCAGUCCACAGCAGCAGCAACCGCAAUCGUUGGUACAACAGCAAUUGCCACCAGCGCAUCAGCUGCAGCCGAUGCAGCAUCCCUUGUCGGCUCAAUUGGGUCAGCCGACGCAGGCGCAUGUGGUGCAGCAGUCCGGAUUGCAGCAGCAGCAGCAGCAGCAGCAGCAGCAACAGCAAGCGAGUCUGCAGAGUAUAGCGAGUCAACAUCCGGGUUUACAGAGUCUCGCGAGUCAGGUGUCGCAGCAAGCGAGCUUACAAGCGGCGCCGCCACCGCCGGGCCACCCGGGUCAAGCUGUGCAGUCGCAUUUGCAACAGUACCAGAGCGUGUCGUUGCAUACAGCAAAAAUGCCGCAGUUCAAGGUGAAGCCUACCGCGGCACUUAUGCCGGAGCAAGACAAGAGCAAAAACGACGUGCGCACGCCGAAGCCGCAGGGAUACAAGAAGAAGUCACGGAAAUCACCCGGCGGCAGUCCGCAUCCGUCGCCGUUGGAGGCGCCUAUCGUCGACUCUGCGCGCGACGACGUCCAGAGUCCAGCUUACUCGGACAUCUCGGACGACGCCGCGCCGGUGCUCGAGGCCGAGUCGGCCGACAAGUCGAAACAGAGUCAGGACAAGGACAACAAGACGAGUGCGCCUACGCACCUACCCGCCCACUUCAGUAUGUAUCCAUAUUACAGUCAGCCACCCUACUUGGUGCCCACCGUGCAGGACAGCAAACCGGUGGUCGAUCAGAAGCCGAGCGACCUCACGCCCAAGCAAGAGAUCAAGCCGCUCAAUAUACCACAGAUGCCUUCGAUGGCGAGCCUACAGAGCGUCGUGUCGGAAAAGGAAAAGAAGGAGAUGAGCCAGCCGGUGCCGCAGCCGCAGCAACAGCCGCAUUAUUACAGCGGCUACGGCGGCUACAUGCCACCGGGCUAUCCGUACCAGCCACCACAGCCGGUAUCGCAACAACAGCAACAGCAACAACAACAGAGUCAACAGUCGCAGGAGCCAGAGCCGCAUGAGCAGAAGACAAAGAUUAAGCAAGAACCACAGCCGCAACCGAGUCUAAAGGACAAACAGCACGAGAACCAUCAGAUUCUCAAGGAAAGCCUCGACCUGAAGAACCAGAUGGGCACGUACCACGUGUACCACGGCUCGCAGAGUCAACGAGGUGGCCCACCGCCGCCGCCCGGACCUGUACAAGACGACAGGAGGUACUACAUGUAUCCGGAGCAGAGGCGGAAAGACGACUCGAACAAGCAGAACCAACAGCCGAAGGCACCACCGCCUAGCCCGAAGCACCAGCCGAAGCAGGAGAAACCACAGGAUCUCGGCAAAAGCGAAGACUCCAAGAGCAAGCAAGAGGGUGUGAAGCCCACGAUGGAGACGCAGGGACCGCCGCCGCCGCCUACCUCGCAGUACGCUUACAUCCAUCCUACCUACAUGCAGGCGCAACACUAUGGCGCUUUGCCGUUCGACCCAGGUCAUCCGGUGUAUCGUGGCCUCAGUCCUAUGAUAAUGCCCGCGCCCUACUCGGGCGGCCCCUACCUCCACCAACUACCCAGGUAUCACGCGCCGGAGGACCUCAGUCGACCACCUGGCGGCAAGGCGUUGGAGUUGCUCCAGCAUCAUGCGAAUCAGUAUUAUUCGGCGCACAAGAUACACGAGCUUCAGGAACGCGCGCUCAAAUCACCUACGCCCAAGACGUCCGCCGCGUCUUCCAGUCCAUCUUCGGCGGGUCCCACGCCAGCUCGGCCACCUAGUGGUCCACCGACGUCGGUAGCGGGUCCAGGUCCACCGCCGGGACAAGGACAACCGCCGUCUGGCAAGCAACAGGGACAGCCGGGUGGUCAACAACAGCCACAGGGCGCGGUGGAUGCCAGCAGUGGGAAGGAUAAUAGGUCACCCCCGCCGCAACGGCACGUGCACACGCAUCAUCACACCCACGUGGGCUUGGGUUAUCCCUUGCUCACGGGACAAUACCCCGCCCCCUACGGAGCGGCAGUGCUGGCGAGUCAGCAGGCCGCCGCGGUAGCCGCCUCGGUGAUCUCGCCAUUCCCGCCCAAGUGACCCGCGGCCCCCGCUCCCGUCAUGCCCGGCGGAACCGCCGGGGGCAACUCCGCACAAGCUCACCACACGCAUCCGGCGGCGGCGAGUGGCGCGCCCGGUGCGGGACACCCGCACGGCACCGCCGCCGGCGGCGGCAGGCAGCCAUAGGAGACCCUAGGAGAGACCAGUUGGCAUCCGGUUGGAUCCCGAUCGAUCUGCGGGCGAGCUAACGAGCCUAGCUAACGAGCGACCGAGUGAGUCAGCUAACGCCGCUGGUGCAGCUGAUACGCAGAGGUGCACGAGCACGUGCUCCACGUUGUUGUCACGCUAACUCCUUCAAGAUUAGGACCAAGAUGUAGCCGCCAAAGAGGCUGGCGUGUUCCCUACGUGAUGAUAAGAACGCGCACCGUAAGAAUUCGCUUUGUUGAAUACCAAUCGAAGUUGGGAUCUUGGAAGAGAGAGAAAGAAAUAAAUAGAGAGAGAGAGAGAAAGAGAGAGAGAGAGAGAGAGAGAAGAAAGAAUUAGGAUAACGAAAGGAUUACACACGAUAAUGGAUAUUAUCCAUCUCCAUUAUCCAUUAUCAUAUUACUCCUCCCUUUGGCAACGAGUAACGAGAAAGUUAUCGGCAACAAGUUAUUGGGAACCGGAGGAAACUGAAGAGAAAGACCACCGAGGCGACAAAAGGUGUUUAGGCGUAUUGUGUUGUUGUUCGUUUUAUCGACGACACGUGGUAAUAGGGAAGUACCGGUGGUAGGCUUCUGAAGACGUUAACCAGGACUUUGGAGUAUCGUUAGACAGGCUGUUCCACGUGAUAUUUCAACCGAAUUCCUCCACUGAGACUGACCGCGGUCAAGCGUAGAAUGUAGUCGAGGUGUUAGGGUGCGAUGCGCGAUGUCAUUCGCUUCUCCAACGAUAAGCUCUUUCGAGGCGUUCAGCUGAGGUCAUCCGUCUUCGACGACGGUAGGAAGUAGCGACACGUCGCUUGGGAUGUAAAACGAUCUCGUGAUCAGGGCGUUGUGUGUUUCGCGCUGUGUUAUCCAUGUCCACCGCAAGAGUUAAGCCAAACUAGGGGACGGAUUUCGAACACGUUGAUCUUCAAGACCAGUAGAGUCGCGACCACUUUCUUGAUGAUUAUCAAGGAAGGAGGGUUUGGAAGUGAAGUCAAGCGAACUCACGAGGACCCUGCGAUUUUUUACAUCUCGAUGCAACUAUCGAUAUGAAUCGAUGAGAAGCGACAUACCGUACACUGAGUCCGCUAGAUAAAUUCGAUUUUUCUGAGGGAACGAUAAGAGACUGAACCUGACCUGACGCACAAACACGAUAUCCAUUCGCGGAUAGAAAAAGGAAGCGAGAAAGA